AUGAAGGACAUGUCACCCAUAUGGAAUUACAUCCAGAACCUGAGGAGGAGGCUGGACUCUCUCCUGGGACAGAGGGGAGAGCUGGAGUCUGAGCUGCAGAGCAUGCGCCAAUACGUUGAGGAUUACAAAAACAAGUAUGAAGAAGAGAUCAACAGGCGCACGGCUGCCGAGAAUGAGUUUGUGGUGCUCAAGAAGGAUGUGGACUGUGCCUACAUGACCAAAGUAGAGUUGGAAUCAAAGGUGGGAGCUCUGACUGAUGAAAUCAACUUCCUGAGGAACAUCUACGAGGAGGAACUGGCUCAGAUGCAGACCAUCAGCCGGGACUUGUCCGUGGUGGUGUCUAUGGACAACAACCGUCAUCUGGACAUGGACAGUAUCAUUGAGGAGGUCCGACGUCAGUAUGAGCAGAUUGCUCAGAGCAGCAGGGCGGAGGCUGAGGCUUGGUACCAGAGCCGGUAUGAGGAGCUGCAGAGCACUGCUGGAAGGCAGGGGGACAACCUCCGUAACACCAAGGUGGAGAUCCAAGAGCUCACCAGGAACAUCCAGAGACUGCGGGCUGAAUUGGAGAAUGUGAAGAAGCAGAACCAGCAGCUGCAGGCAGCUAUUGCUGAGGCAGAGGAACGUGGUGAAAUGGCCCUCAAGGAUGCCAGGAUUAAGCUGGAAGAGCUGGAAAGUGCCCUGCAGAAAGACAAGGAGGACCUUGCUCGCUUGCUGAAGGAAUACCAAGAUCUGUUGAAUGUCAAACUUGCCCUGGAUGUUGAGAUUGCCAUGUACAGGAAACUGCUGGAGGGAGAGGAGAACAGGUUGUGUGGAGAUGGCAUGUCCAACGUGAACGUCUGUAAGUAUCCGUGUUCAUUCAAUUGUGAGGUUGUGUUGAGUUGA